AGAAAAUUCAACUUUAAGCUGAUCAGCAUUAAUAAGACAUUCAAACCAGGAUAACAGAUAAAUCUUCUUUAGCUGUAUUUAAUGUUCAGAGCUAACUGCAAAUAAAACCGAUUAAUGGCAGUUACUUCCAGGUAAAUGUUCUUAUUCUCUUCCCUGCUGAUUACGCAUGUUGACUUCAGGAUUCUUGAACAGAAAUUAAGAAGCACUACCAUAGCUUUAGUAUAUUUGUUCUUAACAUGUUAAAGUAUGAUAAAAUAAUGCCCGUUCUACACAUUUCACACAACAAGAGAGCAGUUCAACAAAAUGAAACCGCAUUUGAACUCACUAUCUCACUGCUUCGAAAAAAUUUAGAUUUUUCAACAAACUACAGCUCAAGAUCAUCGAACAUGGAAGAGGUCAGCCAAAAGAUCGAAGUGAUCGAUAUUAACGACAAAAGCAAGGAAGAAGAGGGCCCAAUUGUACCACAUGAGAGACAACUUGUGGAUGGUGUGAUAGCUCUUUGGAAGGAGGAUUCUAACAAUGAGAAUCUUGGAAUGAGUAAACUUCAUGCAUUACUUAGGGAAAGACAUCCUAAUUGGUCUGUUUCCGAGAAGAGAGUCAAAACUCUGUUGAAGAAGUUUGGUUUGCUCCAAUCUAAUCAGCAAUUCACUUACGCUAAUGAAAUUAAGUCCGAGGUUACUCCAGACAUAGUGCUACCAGAAAAAGUCCAAAUCGUCAUGACCAGCAAGAGAGGUAAGGGUUUAUAUGCCAAAAAGGACAUAGCAAAGGGCGACUUGAUUUGGGAGGAAACCCAGCUUUUCUUCAUUCCACCUUUGGCCAACGUGAACUUGAUCAAGUUGGGAAAGGCAUGUUCGUACUGUGGAAAGCUUUUGGAAAACACCAAAUCCACUUUGAGAGGGCUUGAUUGCAAUGUCUGCUCUGAAUUAUGGUGUUCCCUUGCCUGCAAAAAGACCGAGGCUAAUUUACAUGGUCAACUCAAACAUAAUGUCUACAAUCCAGGAAAGAAAAGCUCCAAGACGAUAGAUUCGGGUGCGUUUUUAGAAUUGCAAGAUUAUUGUUUGACUGAACAGUGGAAUGCUUUGUACGCCAUCACUAUUAUUUAUGCAAAUAUUUUAUUGGAUAAAACGGGCGUGAAAGGAAAGCAAUUCAGGGCUAUGGCCCGUGUUUCUCAGGAUAUCAGAUACAAGGCUUUGAACUCGUCAGCUGGUGCGUUUGAUAGUCUCCAGGGGGGAGCAUUGUUUGUCCAAGAACAGCAAGAAACUUUAUGGAAAGAGGGAUAUGAAAAGUUCUUGAGAGUGUUUCCUAACGCUGCUUCCGAAGGUAUCGACUAUCGUGAAUUCCUAUUCAUGAUGGGUACUUACAACAUCAACAACUUGGACUCCUGCAUUUUUUUGACCCAGUCCCAUUUGAACCACAACUGUGAUCCAAACACUUCGGUGGAGACCCAACAAUUGCGUACUUCAGGUUUGAAGGUAUUCGCUGCCAGAGACAUUCGUUCUGGAGAAGAACUCACAACCACCUACGUCAACCCUGCCCAUCCUGUGCAGCAGCGUCAACGUGAGUUGCGUGUCAAUUGGGGUUUCACUUGUGCAUGCACCAAGUGCAAGUCCGAUUUAGAUACCCAGCACCGCAGAAAGUCCUCCAGUGGCCAGGCAUCCACCAGAGCUGAUGUGAGAAAAUUACUUGCAGACACCUCUAAGGAGCUUGGAGAAGGUUCCAUUGAAUUGGGCAUUCCAGAGCAGUCGGGCGAGAGAAGAAAGUCGGUCAGAUUUGACGAAAAGGUGGUGGCUGUAGAAGAAGCAUAGUAUAUACUUUACAUGUACGACAUCGGCAUUCCAGUAAGCCGAUCGCAUUGCGUUUAUGUGUAAACUGGAUCAAUCAGUGCUUCAGUUGGGCUUUGGCCAGGCUUGUGUGCCAUAUACCAUCUACCCAAGUGUGAGUGCCCAACCAAGGCAGUUUUGGAGCUGAGCUGCUCCAAAUUAGAUUAGUUAAGGUCGAUGGGUACAACACCUUCUUGGCAGGAGUACCAGAGGAUUGCGUCUUUGCUAUGAUUUGGCCAGUAUCGAGCCCGCAUAUCCAAAUUUCAUGUCGUAGAAC